GCGGCCGCGCUGCAGCCGGCCCCGGGCGCUAUGGCGGGCUCUGCCGCGUCCCGUCUCCGCGUGCUGGUGGACAUGGACGGGGUGCUGGCUGACUUCGAGGGCGGAGUGCUGCGGGCUUUCCUGGCCCGCUACCCUGGGGAACCCCACGUGGAGCUGGCGGAACGGAGGGGCUUCUCUGUCCGGGACCAGUACCGCUGCCUGCGGGAGGACCUGGCGGCUAAGGUAGCGAGUGUCUAUGAGUCACCUGGCUUCUUUCUGGGGUUGGAGCCGAUUCCAGGAGCCAUUGAAGCCAUGCAGGAAAUGAUCCAUACGCAGGACACUGAAGUUUUUAUUUGCACGAGCCCCCUGCUGAAGUAUGAGCACUGCAUCCUGGAGAAGUACAGCUGGGUGGAAAAAUACUUGGGUCCUAAGUUUGUGGAGCGACUGAUUCUGACCCGGGAUAAAACAGUUGUGUCAGCUGACCUCCUGUUCGAUGACAAAGACACCAUUAAAGGUGCGGAGCCUAAGCCGAGCUGGGAACACAUCUUGUUCACUUGCUGCCAUAACAAGCAUCUAGAGCUUCAGACCCCACGUAGGCGGCUGCAGUCGUGGGCCGAUGACUGGAGGGGGAUAGUGGAAAGCAAACGCAGAAGUAAUGCGGAAAAAGAAUGCUAUGCUAGUCUCAUUGCCAAUGGAAACGGACAAGUUGGGAACUGGCAACGAAAUCCCAUUUAA